UCGUUGAUAGACAGUGACACAGCACUGGAAUUGACUCCCGGCAACUUCGAGCUAGGUUUUACAUUUACUUUUUUAUUUUACAGUUAUUACUAGCAUUUUAAACAGCCUGUAGCCUGAAUUUAUUCUUUCUCACAGUUCCACCACCAGAAGGUUUAUUAAACUUUUCUUUGCCACCGGGAAGCUAGCUAGCUGGGAACUCUGUAGUGACUAAGUAACUUUCUAGAAGGUUAGCUGCAUUGUCGUUUCGAAUAAAUCGUUUUGCGUUAUCAUGGACCAAACUGAUUCUUAUCCAGUAAAACUUUACGUUUAUGACCUGUCCAGAGGGAUGGCCCGUCAGCUGAGUGCUUCCAUGCUGGGGAGACAUAUUGAUGGGAUAUGGCACACGGGUGUUGUGGUCCACGGGAAAGAGCACUACUUUGGUGGAUCAACAGGCAUCACCAAUUGUCCACCUGGAGGCACCCUGUUGGGGCCGCCUGAUUCUGUAGUAGAUAUGGGCUCCACUGAAGUGCCUGAAGACCUUUUUAAGGAGUAUUUAACUUCACUGGGAGAGUCCAAGUACAGAGGUGCCAAUUACAACUUGUUUGAGAACAACUGCAACACUUUCAGCAGUGAAGUGGCUCAAUUCCUGACAGGCAGAAAGAUCCCAUCGUACAUCACAGACCUUCCAUCUGACAUCCUCGCCACACCAUUUGGCCAGGCUCUCCGUCCCUUCCUGGAUUCCAUGGUCAUAAAUCCUGGAGGCAACAACCUGGCUGGGCAAUGAUAGACCGAGUCGUGGAUUUUAGAAGAUAACUGAUAACAUCCCUGCAUGUGGCUGGCAAGUCACUUCUAUAUUUAAUCAGCCAUCACUUAUUGUUAUUGACUUUUAUGGUGUUAUUCAACAUACUCUGAGGUGUAUGCGAGGGGUGAAGGUGUGCUAAACUCUGUGGACAGGGGACUAAAAAUGGGUCUUAUACUUGUUUGUGUACAUUAACGUGUUUAAGAUUACGUUUUCUUGGGUCAGCAGUAGUGGUGCAACGGAUCAAAAAUCUCACGGUUCGGAUCGGAUCAUGGUUUUAAGUCACGGAUCGGAUCAAUUUUCGGAUCGGCGGAAAAAGACAAAAAUUUAACAUUUACUUAUUGAAGUAUUUUUUGCCGGUU